CAGCGCUCUUGUGGAUUCUCUGUACCUGCGGCUGGGCUGUUUGUUGGCUAACAUGGAAGCUCUUGGUGACUAAACGGAAAGGCGAUCUCGGUUAGCUUCUUCGGCUAGCUUCGACUCGCUCGGUUCCAUUGUGAUUUAGCAUCAUAACCUUGGAUCCGAGAAGCCGGCGUUCGCCCCGAUGGAGGCAAACAAUCAUUUCAACUAUGGCACCCAUUCCUCAGCAAACUCAGGACUGAAACGUUCCUCAGGGGAUUCUCUUUAUACUAAUGGUUCCUCCGUGAGUUUCCCUCACCAAGGAAAAAAUAUGAAUGGCGAAAUGAAUGUGAAUGGCGUCACUACUUCACUUGGUUCCGCUCCACCUACUUCCCAACCAUCUUCCGGUCCAUACCCACUUAUCAGCAACCACCACCAGAGCAGCAUGGGCUACCUGUGGGGCGGACAUCCGCAGUAUAGUCCGACCAUGGCCACGUCUCCUGGGCAUGGCUUGCAUCAGAAGCAGCCUGCACCGGGCAUGGUGCAACCUCAGUCACAUCACUUCCAGGCUCAAGGGCAGUAUCAACUGAAUGGGGAUAUGGAGAGCUCCCAGCAGUCACCCUUGGCAGGCCCGUCAAACGUGUCGCCUACUAGUCAAUUUUGGAACAGAAGUAACCCCGCUCCACAGGGCACUGCUUACCCUUCCCGCACAAUGUAUGGGACGUAUGAGAGUCAGUCACAUCCUGGCAUUUCUCCACCACGUCACCACCAGCAAGUGUCCCCUCCGUCGUCACAGCAUCAACCCCAUUCCCACCUGCGAGCACCCCUUCACCUCUCGCAGCACUAUGGCGUGAUGUCAAACGGGAUGCCAUACUACCAGCUGCCAUCUCCCCAACACUCAAAGCAGUCUACACCCCAAAGUCCCAGGGUGCAGAAUUUUGCACCCCCGCAUGAUACAGAAGGGGGUUCCUCAAGGGGAAUGACGUCAUCAUCGACCGUGCAGGACGGAGGAUCUCCAAUGAGCAGGGAAAAGCCCUCCCACGGUAGCACCGUGUCUACUUCCAAGCAAGGGCCUAUGAGGAAGGACGGCAUUGAGGCAAACACCGGCUGCAACCACACAGAGGAGUCAGCUGUCGUUCUCAGGCCACCUGACUCAUCCUCGUUUUCUGCCAGACAUACAAGUGAUCAUCACGAGAGUUCUGAUAAGACAACAGCCCAACCACCAGAGGGCGUCAGAGUUACUACAGUAAGCACAUCUCCUCUAACAAUGCUCAUUGCAUCUUCAUCUUCCACAACAGCAUCUCUGAAUAAGUUGUCUGGUGAUACUGCUGUCGAGUGUCCCAGUACGUCUCCUGGAUCCACUCUUGGUACUUACUCUGAUGUCAAAUCUACUCCACCCCAGUCAUCUUCAGCUGUUCCUCCUAGACAUUCCUCACCUCCUCUCCCUUCCUCUUCUCCUACUGAGAUAAAACUUUCUGUAUCCAAGCAUUUGCUGGUGGGGUCUUCCUCCUCUUCCUCACCUGCAACACAUCCAAAGUUUUGUCCGCCUCCAGGCUUGACUGAUAGUGUUUCCGGACCUGAGUGGGUUUCUUCCUCACCGUCAUUUGAAUCACAGGUGCAUCAUUCAGUUUCUGGAGCAAUUACUGCUGUUUUAGCACCCGCCAUUGUGUCAACAUCUUCUUACUCUGGUUCUACACCAAUAUCAUCUCUUCAGCAAAUGGUUCAAGGCUCCAAGCCUCCCCCAACGCCAGCUGUAAAAUCAGACGUAAUGAUGCAAGAUUCAUCAGGUAGCAUUCAUUCUUCAGUAGUAUCCCCAUUGCUAGGAUCAUCUCCUGCCAUGUUGCCCUCAACACAUGGAAUUAAGAAACUUGCAGCCUUGCCCCACCAUGACUCCUUAUACACUGCUUCAGCUGUUGAUUCUGGUCGAGCCGUUGCCUCUAUUUCACCACCACUAAAGGGGAUAAAUUCACCCUCCCAGUCAGUCCAUGACAAUUCUUCAGGCAGAUCGCUCGCUGCCGUACCGAUACGAACCACGCAAGGCUCCAGGCUUGCACUGGUUUCUGUCCCUACUACCUUGGCCUCUUUGCCUCCUGUAACAUCUUCCAAAAUGAUUCAGAGUUCCGACUCUGUGCACCAUCCUGCCGCUUCUUCUCCUGUCAGUGUGCUAAAUGAGAUUGCUCUGUAUCACAGUAACAAUGGUAGAGGGCUAGUCCCUGGAAAGAGCAAAAUGGUGGACGGUGCUCCCCCACAUCUUGAGUCAGGCAAAGUAAAUGUGCACAAAUCUUCUGACCCCCAGAAAUCGUCUGAUCUUCCAGAACAACAUGUGCAGACUGAGCGUCAUUCCAGCAAUUCACGGAAGGGGCCUGUGUCUACUGGCAGCGUUCUUGGUGUGCUAAAUACAGAGAAAACUCUCAGCAGAAUUUCAACGCCUCUUGACCAUCCCAGUGCCAAACACUCCUCACAGACUGUUGAAACAAGUUUUGACCGCUCUUCCCUCACCAACUCCCAAUAUGGUGGCAGUUCACUCUGCAGCACGCCAUCAAGAAUCCACAUGAGUUCCUUCUUAGACAAGUCCUUAGCUAACAGCACCUCACACAUGCAUGACGCCAGCAGCUUCGGCAACAGCUUCCCCCUUGGAAAUGGAACUUCUCAGUUUGCCAGUACUUCUCAUACAGAAGAGCAACCAUCUUCAAUUUUUGAGACAACUCGCAAUGGCAGCUUGUCGCUGGAUUAUUCAAGUCUGAAUGCCGUCCAUGAGCGGGAGAUGUCUGAGGCAGGAGAGUCCAUGCUGGAGUCUUCCCUCAACAAUACUCCAUUUAGGCCAUCUCAUCCACAUCACCAAGGGACUGAAGCGAGCUGGUCGACUGUUAGUCAUGGUACACCAGACUCUGAUGCCAUUACACCCAGUGCAAUCGAGAUCAUGACUCCCUCAAGUUUCAAGAUGCGAGACGAGAACUUCAUCACUUUCAGUACCCCAGCACACAGACCUGCUGUACAUCCACUGCAGCCAGUCACUGAUCAGGUUUUCUCAGACACUGCAGGACAUUUGAAAACCCAAGGACAAACUUGUAAACCUCAAUCUCCAAAGGCAUUAUGGAUUAGAAAAUCAGCUCCCGAGGAGGCAAAGAGAAAGCCCCGCAGUCGAACAUCAAAGGGGGAGAAGGUCAAGGCCAAAGGAGGUGAUGACAAAGAGGAGAUAUUCAAGGGAAGGAAGAGAAAGGCAACUCUUAGACCAGAACAGGCCAAAGGAACACUGGACGAAUGUGGCCAAACUCAGCCUCCAUCUGAGGAGAUUGAUUCAAUCACAGCCACGAUCGAAGCAGUUCUUGCCAACCCGUCAGCCAUCACCUCUCCUUUUGAUAAACCCAAGAUGAUGAAAAGAAUGAAGAAACCUGAGCAAGUUAAAAAGGACAUGACAACACUAAAAGAUGCCGGUGCAACUGCCAGUGAUGCAGAGGACAAUGAAGAGGAAAGUUCCCCAGCUGGUAAAGGUGAGCCCUGCAGGAGGAGGGUUGCAACAGAACAACAGGUCCAGUUCCCUCUGCUACACGGAUGGAAGCGAGAGAUCCGUGUCAAGAAGAUAAAUGAUCGCAUGAAGGGCGAAACCUGGUAUUACACACCUUGCGGAAGAAGAAUGAAGCAGUUCCCUGAAGUUAUAAAGUACUUGAAGAAACACCAGGGUGGCGUUGUCACCAGAGAGCACUUUAGCUUUAGCCCGCGCAUGCCUGUCGGAGACUUCUACGAAGAAAGGGAAAGUCCUGAGGGUGUGAAGUGGUUUCUCUUGGCUAAUGAGGAGGUUCCCUCAAUGAUCAUGGCUAUCACUGGCAGGCGAGGUCGACCGCCAAACCCUGAUAAAGAGAAAAGCAGGGUUCGUGGACUGAAGGCACGGCAGGCCCGCCGGCCAGGUAGACCCCCCAAGCCAAAGAUGAUUGACUUCCUUAGUAAAGUUGAUGCCAAGCUAUUGAAGCGACUUGAGGAUAAGGAAGCACUCACAGAGGAAGAAAAGGAGAAAAUGACAAAAAUCAAGAAGAAGAUGAAAAGGAAGGCCAGAAUAAGGAGACGGGAGGAUGCAAACAAUAAGAAGAUAAGAGAGGACAAAAAGAGAGCAAAGCAAGAGACCAAGAGUAAGGAAGUGAAGGCUGAACCCCCAGAUCUGACAGCCCCACAGACAACGGAGCCUGCAUCAGAGUCUGUUGAGGAGCCCAAGAAGCCUGGUCGGCGAAGGUCUGUCAAAAUUGAGGUUCCUCCUCCAAUUCCGCAGACAGAUGAAGAAAGAAUUGCCCAGGGCAAGAGGGUGUUGAGUGCUCGUAGUAAAGCCAAGGCUCUGGCCAAAGCUCAGGCUGAGGCAGAGGCAGCAGCUCGGGCCGCCUUGGCAGCCAAAAAAACUGCAGAGAGGAGAGUGCAGACUCAGAGACGGCUGGAGGAGCGCAGGAGGCAACAGCUAAUUGCCGAAGAGCUGAGGAAACCCACUGAGGACAUGUGUCUCACUGACCACAAACCUCUGCCCGAGCUGUCCCGUGUCCCUGGCGUGAUUCUCUCAGGCACUGCCUUUUCCCACUGCCUGGCUGUGGUAGAGUUCCUUCAUGGUUACGGAAAGCUGAUUGGCCUCAAUGUACCCAAGGACAUCCCCAGCCUUGCAACCUUGCAGGAGGGUUUGCUCGACAUGGGUGAAAGCAAGUGGGAGGUCCAAGAUCUCCUCAUAAAGCUAAUGGAAGCUGCACUCCGUGAUCCUGGUCUGCCGUCAUAUUAUCAAUCUGUAAAGAUCCUUGGGGAUAAGCUGGUUGAGCUCCAGCUGACCCGCAGCACAGUUUCAGAGGUACUUCGCAUCUUUUUGGAAUCUCAUGGCUACGAGACGGAGGUAUGCAACACAUUGAGGACCAAAUCCUUUCAUGCCUUGCCUCCCGAAACCAAGGCGGCCGUGCUGGGUUUUGUAGUGGAGGAACUCAACAGUAGCAACAUAGUUACAAGUGACAUUGACAAUACACUGGAGAACAUGGUGACCUACAGGAAGAACAAGUGGAUUAUUGAGGGGAAACUUCGCAAGCUGAAGGCUGCCCUUGCGCGGCGUACCGGCCGCUCAGAGGAAGAACUGGGUUUAGAGGAAAGGCGGCGCAGUGCCCGAGUGGCUGAAGAGGAGAACCUCGACCUGGAGGAGAGUGUUGUGGAGCGGAGCAGCCGCCGUGGUCGUAAAGACGAGCCUAAAACAAGUGAUAAUGAAAGCCCAACCAAUGCCAGCGUCCAUGAUCUGGAAAGGCAGAUAGAUAAGCUAACCAAACGACAGGCAUUCUUCCGUAAAAAGCUGCUUCAGUCGUCUCAUUCCAUGCGGGCUGUAAUGUUAGGCCAGGAUCGUUUCAGGCGAAGGUACCUGGCUCUACCUCAUCUCGGGGGAGUUCUAGUUGAGGGUCCCGAAGAGCUUCUGACCUCAGGGGACGUUGUUAUCGCAGAGGUCCCAGUCACAUUCCUCAAAAAGGAGCCCAAAACAGAGGAGAUCCCCGUGGCCACUACUCCACCUCAUACUACACCUUCCUCACCUAGGCCUGCUCCUUCUCAAAACCAGAUAUUGUCCCCAGAAGAAGACCCCCUCCCUGGGACGGCGUCACUCAUGAGCAGCCAAAAAGGACGAGGACGGCCCCGAAAGAUCAAACCAGAAGUGGAGCUCCACCUCCGCACGGCAAAGAUCCGGCGCCAGCGUCGUAGCAGUGUCAGAUCAGCGGCAGAUGAUGGGCCGGGGUCUCCGGUCACCACGUGCACUCAAGAUCUCUCACAGUCUGCUUUCUUGAAUUGGCUCAGCCAGUCUAGACAUGCAAUAUCCAACGAUGCUUACACAGGAGAACCUCUAGAGGGCACUCAACCAGAGGAUUGUGUGAGGGAUGAGGCAGAAAAUCAGGGCCAGUGUUUUGAACAACCAAGUGACGAAAACUCUCCAAGCGACCGUCAGGUGGCGAGUCCUCAGCCCACACUUGAUACUUCACUGAUACAGCCGGACAUACCCGUGACAUCUGUUGCCGAAGCGUCUCCUAAUCUCAAUACCCCUGCAGCGCUAGAGGAAGUUCCCGCUACAACACAAGCAUCUGCCAGUCCUGAUUGUACACCUCCUCUGCCUAGUCCGUUACCUUCUGCUCAAAUGGCUCCUGCAUCACGGGGACUGACCACCCGCGCCAGGCCAGGCCGCAGGCGAAGAAGGGGGAGUAGAGGCACUAGCCCAGCCCGCAGGGGGCCGCGUGGCGCUGCAGGCAGAGGUCGCCCUCCAGCUUCUAGUUUCCAAGAGCUGGAAAAACAGUAUUUUAUACAGUUGGUGGUUAAGCCCAUACCAGCAUCAAUGGUGACUGGCUGGUGGUGGAUCAAGGAUCCAGAAGAAUUAUUUAGCACACUGCAGGCGCUCCAUCCACGAGGCAUCAGAGAAAAAGUGCUUCAUAAACACUUGGCCAAACACAUGGAAAGUUUAAAGGAGAUGUGCAAUAAAGCCAUCAACGAUCCUGUGUUCAAGUUCGAGGAGCAGAAGGAGGGGCUGCUCGAGGCUCUGCAGCAGCCUUGGCAAGUACAGGAAAAAGCAAUGGAGACUGACAACAGUGCCCUUCGGUGGGUGGAGGACCUGGAGCAGCGAGUCAUUGCUGCUGACCUACAUCUGAAGGCUCCUCCUCAGAAUAUAGCCACUGAUGCUGAAGCUAACACAGAGGCACCAGCUACAGAGUUUCAGCCCUACACAAUCCCCGAGCGGGACUCCACCCGAGCUGACCUCCAGUACUACGAACAUGACGCCGACCCACGUGAUGACUGGAUCAUCCGAACCAAGAAGGAGUGGUCUGGUCUGCCUCGCAUCGCAACUCACCCCCUUGACUUGGCCGUUCUGCGCCUUGCCAAUCUCGAGCGGAACAUCGAGAGGCGCUACUUGAAGGAGCCGCUCUGGAACCCAGCUGAAGUGAUGCGCCUCGCUCCUCUCACGCCAACACCAGGAGAAGAGCAACCUAUGGAUGUCAUCAGUCUGGAAAGUGAGAUUACCUCCAGGCUCAGAACAUGGCGGCAGGCACUAGAUCGCUGCCGCAGUGCCCCUCAGUUGUGUCUGUGUUUGCUGCAGUUAGAGAAAGCUAUUGCCUGGGAAAGAUCGGUGACUAAAGUGACAUGCCAGAUCUGCAGGAAAGGCGACAACGACGACAGUCUGCUGCUGUGCGACGCCUGUGAUCGCGGCUGUCACAUGUACUGCCUGAAGCCCAAGAUCACCCAGGUGCCCGAGGGAGACUGGUUUUGUCCAACUUGCAUUGUCAAGGAGGAAAGCGCGUCACCAAACUCCAAAAAGCGGACCAGGCUGAAAAAGAAGCGUUAUGAGGAAACCGGCUCUGACGACGACACAACAACACGGCGCAGCGCUGGCAUGGCGACACGGCAGAAGGAGGCAGCGACCGCCGUACUACCGGUAGCUUCUUCAUCCUCGCGUCCUUCAGGAGAAGGAGGCGCGGCCAAACGCCGUCGCAUGACAACUCGUAACCAGCCGGACCUCACCUUCUGCGAGAUCAUCCUAAUGGAGAUGGAGGCUCAUGCAGACGCUUGGCCAUUCCUUGAGCCCGUUAAUCCCCGCCUGGUGACCGGUUACCGCCGCAUUAUCAAGAACCCCAUGGACUUCCUUACCAUGCGAGAGAAGUUACUGCAAGGAGGGUACUGCAACUGCGAGGAAUUUGCAGCGGAUGCUCAGCUGGUCUUCAACAACUGCGAGCUGUUCAAUGAGGAUAUGUCCGAGGUGGGGAUGGCGGGACACUCCAUGAGGUGCUUCUUUGAGAGCCGCUGGGCAGAGUUCUACUCCAACAAGGAUAAAUAGAAGCCUGCAAAUUCCCACCGGCGGUGGGUCUGAUGACUCUUUGGUGCUGUCACCAAUCCUGCAAGAGAUGUUACUGCUUAGACUGUCUGGAGGUUUCCUCCAGCUGUGUGUAUUUCUCUCGUGUGUAGAUAUCUCUUGUGUAGAAUUUUUUUUUUUUUUUUUUCCUUCUUUUGUUUGUUUUUAUUUUCUUCCCCCCACCAGGCUCAUCUUUGGGCCUGCAACUGAACUGACUUGAACUUCAUUCCCAAGCACCCUCACUUCCCUUUUCAUUGGUUCUCACCGCGUCCUCUCAAGAGUCCCGAGUCUGGACAAAGCUUUGCGUCACUCCCCUCUGGCUCUGUGGGGGGGGGGGCAGGCACUGUCGAUUUUGGCUCUCCCAUUUUUCAUUGUGUUUUUCCAGCUGAGCGACUGCGUAUUGGACCUGCUUAGUAACUCACAGAAAGAGCUAGGCCAUUUCUUUCAUGUUCAAAUGAUUUAUGUGGUCCUAUGCCUAGAAGUUUUUUUUUUUUUUUUGGGCUCUAUAUUUUUAUUAUAUAUUCUAUAUAUAAAUAUAUAUGAAGAUGAUAGCUGGGAUUAUUUAAUAGCAAUAGCUCGUAGUGAAUGUGUACAAAUGACCUCCUAGAUUUGUCUAGACGAUUUAUGAAAGCGGCCAGUUAAAACGAAAAGAAACCACGAGUAGGAUUUGUGUACCCACCAUUUUGCCACACACGCAUUCACACGCCGCUGCUGUGUGAAAGACACUGGAGGACUUUUGAUGUCGGGUCGGUCCAUGUGAAUUUCGAGUUAAGCAGCAGGUUGUAUACAGAGUUGUGUAUAUAACUGUGCUCCUUGCACUAGUUUCUUCUUUAAGAAUCCGUCGUAGAGGCAACCAACACUGAACGCUCGCUCACACGUUGAGAAGACAGAUGUGCGUGUAAAAUACGCAUGUUGUAAAAGAGUUAUUUGUCUGAAAAGUUGCAAACAUCGAAGGUCGGUGGUCAUCUUAAUCUUGUACAGAGUAGUAUUGGAGAAAAGCUCAGAAACACUGGCUACAUUCCCGCCCGGUUACAUUCCUUGCCGUUUCUGUCAAUAUGUGCUGUUGAUGGGACGGCGUACGGUGGGGAGGGGGGGGCACAAGAUCGCUUGUGAUGCGACUGCGGCAGGACCACGCCGCAGUCCGGCUCUUAUUUAAACUUUCUUACACUGACCUCAGAUCAGCUCGUACAAAAUUCUUCCUUUUCAAAAACAAAAAAAAAGACCAGAAAACCAAAUGUGGUGUUAUGUGACUUUUUAAUAAUGUACAGUUUUGGUGACCUGAAAUUUUGUUCCUUUAUAUUUUUAGGACCAAUUCAUUUUUAACAGGAUGUAUUACAAGACUCUGUUGUAUUAAGGUGAUGUAACACGUGUGCAUCUGUAGAAUGUACUGUGAGUUGAAUAAAAAAAAAAACCCAAAAACUCA